UUGACUUUUUAUGUCUGUACAUUGAUGAUUUGGUUUCUUAGCAAGAGAGUAAUAUUAUUACCUCCAAAAUUUGGAGAUCUGAAGUUUGGGGUCUAUUUAAAAUCUGGUGGAUUUCUGAUUGGAAGAACUGUGGCUGUUUUGAUAACUAUGACGAUUGGGACCUCGAUGGCUGCUCGUCAAGGUCCUCUAGCUAUGGCUGCUCAUCAAAUCUGUAUGCAAGUGUGGUUGGCUGUCUCUCUUUUAACUGAUGGAUUGGCCGCAUCUGGUCAGGUCUACACUCCGAGGAAUGCGCCUAUACUAGUGAGGAAAUUGAUGUGGUUCGUGAGCAACGGGCUAAGUGUUUUAACCGCAAGUAUUUACUAUUGGCUUGAGCGCGCUUGA